CCCAGAGUAAAUAAACGAGGAAGAGCAUUGCGGAAGAAACCGGUAGCAGUCACCCUUCAGCUUCUGUAAAUAUGAAUACGCGACAUUGAACGAUUAUGGCAGCAGGCUGUGUGAGGAAAGUACUUUAUGCAGUCCAAAUGGUGAAUGGGGGCAGUCCAGGCUUGUGGACGCCAGCAUUAAGGGCUCUCGGGAGGAGCAAAAAGAGCAGCAUCUUUGCUAACCACUGGAGAUGGUCACCCUUCUGCACAGAGGUGGAUAACUUGAACCCAACUCCUGCAGUAAAGAAAAAAAAAGAUCCUCAUGCUCGUACAACGAUCACCAGCGUAGGCCGAAAAAUCUCAGCGCGACAAAUCCAAGUAAUUAGUGAGACCGGAGACAACUUGGGUGUCCUCCACCGUGCGGAUGUGCUCAGAAUCAUGGAUGAGAAGGGUCUCAAACUGGUGCUGCUCAGUGAACGACAGGAGCCCCCAGUCUAUCGCCUGAUGAGUGGGAAACAAAUCCAUGAAGAACAAAUGAAAAUGUGGGAGAAACAGAAAGCAAAAACAGCUCCCGUGCAGGUCAAAGAGCUUACCUUUUCAUCUGGCAUCGCACCUCACGACCUGACCGUCAAAUUGAAGCAAGUAGAAAGCUGGUUGGAGAAAAAGCACCACGUUAGGAUUACAUUGCGCUCGCCACGCAGAGAGUCUUCCAACAAUCUGGAUCAAAACCUAGAGCAGAUUGUGCAACGAAUAGAUGUGAUGGUGGGAUUUGUCGCCCAGCCAAAAGUCAUACGUGAGGGUCAAGCGGCCAUGUGCAUACUUCGGCCACCUUCAGCUAAGGAACUGUCCAAAAGAGACAAAGUACAAACUUCAUUGGCGCAGACUGCCAACGCACAGGCUGCCCAGGAUGAAACACCCUCGGACACACAAGAACACGCUUCAACAAUGAUCAAUGAGAAAUAAACUAUAAUUGGUCGUUCAAUCUCUUUAAAUCCUCCUGCAAGGUGGCAAGGAACAUCGUACUCAAUCUCAUCGUGGCGUGACGGGCUAAGGAACAUGGUCCCGUCCACCAGCGGAAACUGUUCAAACACUGGCAACGCCCGGUGGCAUAGUGCACAGUUGACCAUGUUUCUCUGGCUUGCACUGAGUGUGGACAGGAUGAACCUAAAAGAACAUAAAACAAAUAUACACCAGUGUCCCCUCCCACAAGGCCAGUGAGGAAAUUAAGUAGUGAUCAUCUGCAUCACAUUCAUGUGGGAGGCUGCUGAUUUACGAUGGUUGUGAACAUUGAUCUUUUGCUCUCAUGAAAGAAAAUGUGACAAAGCAGUGUGAAGUUAAAAGAUUUCAUUUAUUGGAAUGUAGACAUGGGUUAUUGCCACUACAAAAGACAGUAAUUCUAACACACUAUCCAGGAGUUAUAUAUUCAUUCACAGACAUUGAUCAUAGAGGUAUUGAUGCUGUUCUGGCGAGGCCUCUCUCUUCUUGCUUUACGAUAUGUUCACCUCAUUUACAUUUUAGAAUGGAAUCUCCCUCAAUUGUUACAAAUGCACAAGGGCCUACAUGAUGCGAUUUAACAGUCGGCAUGCUUAAAACCAUGCAGAAGAUCGUUUUACACCAGCAAAUAGGCCUGAUCUGCAAAUGUCAUUGGCCUCACAGUACGAAAUAAACAGUGGUAAAUAGACAAAAACUACUGUACUGGUUCAUUUAUCAAGCAUAUUUGGUUGAGUUGAUUUGGUCCUGAGGAAACAUUACAAACUGAUUUUUGUUGGCACCCUUUAGUAAUUGUAUGCUCUACAAAAAUUGCACAACAAACACGUGUCCAAUGUAAACACUUUGUCCAUUUACAUGGACUGAUUUUUUUUUCUUGGAGGGGGGGUUGCUUGGGAAAAAAAAAUAUUUUCCACAAAAGAUGCGAUGCAAUCCUUAUAACAAAGAAUAACAAAAAUGUGUUUUAAAAAUGCACUUGUCUACAGAAAUGUCUGGUGACAAAUUUAAUGUGUGUUAUACAGAAUUUGAGAGGUACCAUAAUGGACUCAUGUAAUGUAUGGAACCAUCAUCAACCAACAUAUAAUAUAGCUCUAUUUUGUGUGAUUAAUCCAGAUAUUUCAUUGUUGAUAUCCACGUUGUGCUGAAUCUAACCUUUUAAAGACAAUUCGACGGGAACAGUUUACUGUAAUUACUGAAAUUUGCA